AUGACUACCCUAUCAAACGAAAACUUUUCUUUUAUGCAAGUAGAAGCUGGCCAAUUUGAAAAUAAGACCAGGAGUUUCAGAGAAGCCUUGAAAGAGUACCUUUUGUCCGGACAACAGAAGGGAGGGAAUAGUCUCGCAUUACAACACGAUUACGAUUAUACAAACAAGAAAGAAAAAUAUCAAAUUACGAUUAGUCGUGAUGGAAAGUUCGUUGCAACGCUCGACACAGAAAACCUUCGGAUUAAGGUUUUAAAAAAUACUGAUUACCGCGGAAGUCAUCAAAAGACAGUUCUCUCCAAUCAGAAUGAAAGUGAAAUAAUUGAUGAGCGAAUUGCACUUUUUAAAAUAAAUCACAAUUUAACUAUUAAUAAAAUUUAUAAAAAGGGCGAAAUGCCUCCACGUUAUAAAAAGGUCAAAUCUUAUGAUGAUAUCACAGAAUACAUGGAAGAGGAUGUUAAUGACAUUUCAAGCACCGACGAAUUAUCUGAAACAAUUAAUAACAACUCAAAUAAUCGUUUCAGAUGGUCGCUCGAUAUAUCAAACAUGGAUGGAAAAUUUCUUUUUGUAGCGAUAUCUUACAUAGACGUUGAGGAAGAUAUGAAAUGUUUAGAAAAAAAGAGCAAGCGUCAGAUGUUUGAUUAUAAGAAAAUUAAAGUGCAGGAGGCAACUUACCAUGAGAAAAACAAUAGCUACACGAUUAAUGUCCCUCAUGAUACUCCGGAAUUCCACACGGGUAUUGCGAUAUAUCGUCUUAGAUUAAAGAAAUCAAAGAAUGGCGACCCAAAUGAUCCCGAGGAGGAAAGCUAUGUUGUUGAUAAAGGUUAUUUUUGGAAUAAUUUGUCGGGAAUUUGUAGAUUUAUAGAAAAUUUUGAUCCGAAUUCGAUUUCUAAUGAUAUUGAUACCCCGGAUUAUAUUUUGACAAGAUUUAUAGCAUUGAACUUUGACGGCAUAUUUAACUUUGAAUAUCACAAGUAUC